AACAUCACCCUAGUUCCCUGCAACAGUUCUCUCAUCCCAUCUUUCCAACGCCUAAACACUUUACUGCUACCAAUACCCUACCCCUCGACCUUCUACAAAGAAAUCCUCUCGGACCCCACUGCCUCGGACCUCACUCUACUCGCCCUAUGGCACGACGACCCUAGCACCUCAACCUCAACCCCAGGUAGAGUGAUAGGCGCAAUACGCUGCCGCAUCCUGCCCGACCCCUCCACCCAAGCAACCCCUAAAGAUAAGAUUCUAUACAUCAGCACUUUGGGUGUGUUGUCGCCUUUCAGAAGCUAUGGCGUUGCGACGGCUUUGUUGCAUGUAAUGAUUGAGAGAGGCAUAAGCAAGUAUGGGGUCAAUGCUGUGGGUGGCCAUGUGUGGGAAGCUAGUCAGGAGGCUAGGGAAUGGUAUAAGAAAAGAGGAUUUAGAGAAACGCAUUUGGAGCAGUGUUAUUAUCGGAGGCUGACUCCUCAAGGUGCUUAUGUCCUGAGGAGG